CGACGCCCUCCUUCUGUGCAAGUUCCUUCCCUGUGCAGGAGCACGCUGGCAGCUCAGCCCCGCCGACAGCUCCAUUUGCAGCAGGGACCUGCUGGGCUCUGCUGGGCCAGGUGCUCUGCGGCCCCGAGUGACUCUGCAGUCAUGCUGCACUUGCUCCCAUUCUGGUGUCCUCUUCUGGAGAGCUGCCUGCUUGGAAACCUUCCAGCCCCAGGCCAGAGAAAAUAACACCUGGGAGAAGACCAAGCAUCCUCAGCAAAACACCCAUCACUGCUCUGCCGAAGCUGAAGAUGGCCACGUCUUGCUGAAUCCUUUUGACUGCGGUAAGAAGAAAAGCUACAGCAGUAAAUUGUGCUUCAGACGUGCCCACUCAGCACCAUGAUGUCGGGAAAGGGUAAAGGUGGUGCUGAAGGUAGCACUGAGUCCUACAUUUUAUGCCACAUAGACUCAGAUUUUCGCUACACCCUCUUCACUGUUUUCUACAGCAUCAUUUUCAUUCUGGGCUUUGUUGCCAACUGCUAUGUGCUCUGGAUUUUCAGCCGUAUUUACCCCACCAAGAAACUCAAUGAAAUCAAGAUAUUCAUGGUGAACCUGACAGUAGCUGACCUACUCUUCCUGGUUACGAUGCCGAUGUGGAUUGUUUACUAUAACCACCGUGGAGACUGGAUAAUGCCCGAGUUCCUCUGCAAUGUGGCUGGCUGUUUAUUUUUCGUUAACACCUACGCUUCUGUUGCCUUCCUGACGGUCAUCACAUACAACCGUUAUCAAGCUGUGACUAAUCCCAUUAAAGCUGCUCAGUUUACCACCCAGAGAAGGGGCAUCUACUUAUCCGCAGCUAUCUGGAUCAUAAUAGUGGGCAGCUCUUUGUAUUACCUUUUUGACAACAAUACUAACGAGGAGCCGGUCGAGUCAAAGAAUUUCACGCGGUGCUUUGAGCGCUAUGACUCUUCUAGUGGUGUUUCAGCAGUUCUCGCCAUUCACGUCAUCAUCUGCAUUCUCUUCUAUAUCAUUUUCUUUUGUAUCCUAGGCUGGAACAUCAUCAUUAUCAGAACUCUGUUCUCCAAACCAGGGCACCCACGGAAGAGCACUCAUGUCAAGCAAAGGGCGCUCUGGAUGGUUUGCACAGUGCUGGCUGUGUUCAUUGUAAGCUUUGUACCUCAUCACAUCGUGCACCUGCCCUGGACCUUGACUGUUCUGGAGCAGUGGAAGAAGGAAGACUGUCUGUUGCGCCAACGACUCAAUGAUGCUCACCAGGUGACUUUGUGCCUCUUGAGUAUGAACUGUGUGUUGGACCCAAUCAUCUACUGCUUCCUCACCAAGAAGUUCCAGAAACAUCUUUCAGAAAACCUGAAAAGCAUGAAAGGGAGUCGCAAGUGCUCCAGGCAAACCACGGACACGGUGAUUGAGGGCACCAUUCACCAAGAGGAUGCCAUCAGAAUCUAGGUCUAAGCCAAGUGCACUAAAGUUACCCAUGGUUCCAGCCCAAAUAGCACCAUCCCUGGUCCUUUGCCUGCCCAGCUCCCACAAAGAAUCCAGUAUCAGAGCCAUAAAAGACUUCUAAAAGACAUGGAAGAACAGACCGAGUUGCUAGCAUCAUCAAGUGAAGCAUUCUGAGAAGCUUGCAUGGUUCUGUGAAGAGAAUCUGAGCUGAAGAAUCUCUUGAGUGGCUGGAAGUGACACAGUCCAAGGAGUUCCUCCAAUUCCAUCAAAGAAGAGAUCAACACCUCUGAUCUCUCCCUACUCGCAUGGUCUGCUGGAAUCCAUAGUUAACAGAUGCCUGUGAGUAGCUCUUACAAACUCUUGCCUUUGCUCCCAGCCCUUGAAUUAGUCAAGGAACUGGAGUAGUGGGCAAGAAAAGGAGGAAGAAUUAGCAGAGCCUCAGCUCCCAUGCCGCGAUCAGCAUUAUGUCCAACGAGACUAUUGUCUGCCCUGGCUUCUUGAAUGAUAGCAGGGCUGGCAAACC